CAAUGAACCACUUGAAGUCAAUAUUGAUGCGGAAGAAGUGCAUCGAAAUAGCAGAGGAGGAAAGAAAGGGAACUUCUAGACCCUUAACUAGCAAGCAAGUUAGGCCCAGUAGUUCUAUCAAAUCAAUCAAUGAAGUUGCCUCUGGAUAUGACUUGAAGCAUGACAACCCUCCUUUGGCGCUGUAUUCCACCCCGAGAAUGAAACAGGAUAUGCAGAUAAAAUAAACAAUAUCAUUUUGAGCAUAUCACGAAUAAGUCUAUUUUUAGGAGCAUUGAGAAAGAAACUGCUGAAGCUGAGAAUGAGGCUUUAAGAGAUACGAUCGAACAUAUGACUCAUCGAGGCACUCGUUUUACCAAGGAAGAACUUUGGACUGUCUUGGAAUCUAAUCGUAAAAGAGUUUAUAAAAGACCAAUGACGGCUACAAAUCCUCACAAAAAGAGGAAGGAAGGCAUUAACGUGUUCAGGAAGGAUAGUGAUGAUACCCUUCCUAAGUCCCCUGCUAAAGAAUCCCCAAAGAAAAGAGAGAAGAGAUUUGAGGAAGAGGAGGUAUACGUUAAAAACAAGAUAACUGUUGAUGACCCUGACCCUGUUAAUGUUGGGAGCCGUCGGAACAGCUUAACUUACAGUCAAGGUAAAACUUUUAGAGUAAAGAAGAGACCAAAGAGUAAAAUUGUUAAAACCAGGAAGAGGCUACCAACAGCUAAAGCUAAGUUCAGAGUCAAAGUUGAGAGAAAUGUAGAUCCAAAAACUGUAAUCUUCUGUAAGAACAAUGAACGUCUCAAAUUAUCAACUAUCGCUUGCCCAGAUGAGAGGACAAAUCGGAUAAAGAGAUUGGAAAGAAAACUUGACUAUGAAAUGCCUCUGAUGGAUAAAGGUCUCCAGCCAGGCUCUCAAAAAUCUCUCUUCCCCACUAGGAAAACUGAGCAAGAAUUCAUGAUCUUUAGAGAGAUUUUUAUUGAGCCAAAGGAGAGAGAACUUGAGAAGCUCAAAGAAAGAGCCAAACUUGAACGAGAGCAGUAUGAGAUUAAGCGAGCAAUGAGAAAACCAAAGAAGAGAGUGCUAAAAACGGGGAAAGCCUGAAAAUAUUUUGAACUAGAUCUUAAAAAGUUGAACACUAAUCAGCACAAUAAGAAUAAAUUCGAAGAUCUUAUUUCCAAUUUCAAAAAUCAAUUGAAGGAUCAAAAGGAGAGAGAAGAUAUUGUGGGAGAUUGCUUAGUUGAAGGAAAGCAAGGACUUGAACUAUACCUUAAUAAGAAUUAUGAAUCUGCUCUCUCUUGAUUUACUAACUGCCUAAACAUUGGUCACUCUUUGAAAAAUUCAAGACUCAGACUAGACUGUCUGUUAUGGAUAGGAUAUACAAUUAAGCUGUUACUUGAUAACAAAGAGUAUGCACCAGCAUCUUUAUUAGUACGUCAGAAUAACCCUUUUGCACCCAAGAACACCAACUGAGAGAGUGAAUUAUUGACUAUAGCUGUAGAAUCUUUAGAGACAGCUUAUGGAAUUGCUAAGAAAGCGAAAGAAAUUAAACUUGCACAAGAGUUGAUGUGCAACCUUGGUGUCCUCAAAGGAAGCAUGAGCAUGUUAAGUUGUGCAGACAACCCGUUUGCAACACUUGCUAAUACAGAGUCCUUGUAUAAUUUUAAUGAGGAAGAUGAUGAAGCGAUCGAAGGAGAAGAUGAUAGUGAAGCUAAGCAAGUAAAAGCCCACACCAAAUUUGAUAAUUUAAUGAAAGAAAUCCCAUAAUGAGGAGCAUUUUUGUAGGAGGUAAAUUU